AUUGAAUUAUACUAGUGUACAACAUAGUAUAUCUUUUUGACAGAAUUGUUUUGUGGUAUGAGUGUGGGGUUCUAGUUACAAACCCUAAAAAGGUCAUAAAAUUGGGGGAGCCUUCGAAACUGGAAUAGGAAUAAUAGUUAACAAAGAAAAGAGAGAAAUGGAUCAAUUUGGGGGAGGAAGCUGGAACAUGAUUCCAACAACAAUCAGCAAUCCUACGACACCCCCACCGCCAUCAACAUCUUCUACUUCCAAUCAACAAGACCAUCAUCCCCCCCUUUAUCUUCAGCAGCAACAACAACAACAAUUUCAUCAACAAUUCCAGCAACAACCGCAACAGCAGCUGCAACGUUAUCCGAUUUCACAACAACAACAGCAGACUUCACAAUCACUUGCUUCACACUUCCACCUCCAAAACUUGGUGGAGAAUUUAGCUGAUGCCAUUGACAACGGAACUCGUGAUCAGCAUUUCGAUACCCUCGUAACUGAAUUGGGCAACCACUUUGAGAAAUGUCAGCAGCUGUUGAAUACUAUUUCCGGUUCUAUUGCCUCCAAAGCUGCGACGGUGGAGGGACAAAAACACAGAGUUGAAGAAGCUGAACAAAUGCUAAAUCAAAGAAGGGACCUAGUUGCAAAGUACAAAAAUUCUGUUGAAGAACUUACCAAGUCUGAUCUGUAAUCAUUUGUCCAAGAAUCUAGACUUAGAAUCUCUUCGUUCUUAAUAGUUGGUUCAACUCGUUCAAAUGCUGUUAGCUGAAGUCAGAGCGAUAAACUAAGAACACAGAUUUAGUUUUCUUUUUAUUAGGGUUUCUUUUGUAUAAACUUUUGCAUCCAGUAUGGCAUGAAAUGCCGCAGUUAAAACAAAUGUAUCUCUAUAUAUAGCAUGAAUUUAUUUAAACUGUUCUACCAA